CAGGCCUCUCACUGUUGUGGCCUCUCCCAUUGCGGAGUGCAGGCUCCGGACACACAGGCUUAGCUGCCAUGGCUCACGGGCCCAGCCGCUCCGUGGCAUGUGGGAUCUUCCCAGACCGGGGCACGAACCCGUGUCCCCUGCAUCGGCAGGCGGACUCUCAACCACUGCGCCACCAGGGAAGCCCAAGAUCUUAAUUCCCCGACCAGGGAUCCAGCCCGGGCCCUCGGCAGUGAAAGCGUGCAGUUCUAACCACUGGACCACCAGGGAAUUUCCAAAUCCUAUCUAUUUUGAGUGUGGCGGCGCUUGGGGCCUGCCAGCAGAGACGGAGUGGAGUGGGGUGACACACCAGGACCUGAGCCACGAGGAGUGCCCACCCGAAGCUGCCCAAACCCAGAGGUGCUUGAGCUUGUGGAUGAAGUUGAUCAUGUACUCGCACAUGGGCGAGCGGUGGAUGCGGUACACGAAGCGCCCGUUCUCCAGCCUGGCGUACUCGGUCUGCGGGAGCCGGGGUCAGGCAUCGCUCGGCUGGCCCGCCCCCAGCCCCCGCCCCCCGCCCCCUGGGCCCCCACUCACCUCCACCUUCUCCACCACCUGCUUGCCAAAGGAGCACACCUUGGUGGAGACGCUGAUGGUCAUGCUGUCGGCCGAGCUGUACUGGGAGCUGACCCCGUAGAAGGCCCCCGGGCCCUCCUGGAUGGUGCUGUUGAGGUCGGCCUGGAGGAGGGGGCGGGGCGGCCUAAGGUGCUGUCCCAGGCCCAGGGAGGCGUCCCGCCCUGGGGCUGGGGGCAUACAUAGCCCACACAGUGCCCACAGGGCCGGGGAGAGGGGGUCGGUAGGGUAGGCCUGGGUGCAUCGCACAUCUGGGGGGACCCUUGGGAGCAGAGAGGGACCAGGGCAGCUCACCCAGAACUUGACGAGGAAGAAGGCGUUAGGGGGCCCCUUUUCAUAGAGCUCCUUCAGGCCACCCUUCUUCUCGGGAAACUUGUCGUAGAUCUGACGCACAUCCACUGCCUCCAGGGGCGGGUCUGAGAAGGCGGGAUUCGUCUGGCCGAUGUGCACAAACAGGUGUUUGCUGUACUGUGGGGAGGGCCCAGUACAGGGUCAGGAGAGCUCGAGAGAGUGCAGGCCCAGGGGGAGCGGGGGGCUGCAAGGGAACAGACCUGCCCUAUGGCCUCCCAACCCCGUGACCCUGAGCUGUGGCCCUGGACCGCACAGACCCUGCCCCACCCCCUACGUUACCGUGUCAGGGUCGCGCUGCACCUCCAUGAAGGCGGAAUAUUCGAGGAGCCGCAGCCGGGAGGAGGCGAUGGUGCGGUCCUGCCACACAGGCACAGAGGCAGCAGCUGAGGGGAGCGGGGCCAGGGGCUCAUAACCUGGGAGGACGAGACGGACCCUCGUCUGCACGGGCGCGUGUGCGGCUACACACAGAGCCGCUCCCCACCCCCGCACAGAGCCUGUGUGCGAGCUGGAGAAUGGUGCCCCUUUUGGACGGGAACACAGGCUGGAUUUUGACUCCCCUGCCAGGUGUCCUUGUGCAGUGCACAGCCUGCAGCACCGUGUGUGGUGGCCCUAGUAAUGUACAUCAGUGGAUUUUCCCUCAUGUCACCAUUAAUGUGUGUCCAAACAGAAAAUAUAGACAAGUGAAAAACGUAAAAAUAAAAAUUACCCAGAAUCCUAACUCCUAACGAAAGCAAAACUCUGAAGAUUUCAGUGUAUUUCCCUUGAAGGAAUUAUAUAUACAUACACAUAUCAAUGUGACACCUUUGGUGGUGUGUACUUGUAGCAGAGUUGUGGAAGCAACAUUGUAAAAGGUAAGGGGGCUAUUCCUGGCCUGUCCCAAUCCCCUACAGAUGCCAGCCACUCCUCCCUCCCAGCCCGCGCGCAUAUACAGCGCGCGCACACACACAUACAAGUCUGGCCCCAGCUCUUCUGAGCAGAGGUGCAGCUGCUGAGGGAGGGAGAGGUGGUGGCUGCCUUGUGCAGGGAACUUACUGCUGAGCGUCGGCGGCAGGGGUGGCUGGACGGGGUAGGCUGGCUGUGCAAAGGGCUUGAUGCUGCAGACAGGAGCAUGGGCUGGUUAGAGGGUCACCCCUUCCCCACUUUCCGCCUGGCCCAGUCACGUGGGUCUCAUCUGGGAUCCCACAUAGGAAGCCACCAGGCCUUCCUGUGGAGGCCCAGAAAUACAUGCUGACCAGCUAACUCGUAAGCUUUUUGUUUUCUUCACGUCUUAACUUUAUGAAGUCUGCCUGCAUCUCACAACUGAUGUGCACAUUUAAUGCAGCAUUUCAAACCCACCCUGCAGAGCUGUUCAUUAAAGUGAGGGCAUGUCUUAGGAAGAAAGUCAUCUUAGAGUUGAAGGAGCUGAGAAUACUUGACUACCUGACUUGUUGAAUGAAAGACUGACUCAGAGAUUAACUGAGUGAAAAAUAAUUGUAAGAUGGAUGACAAGUGGUUGAUGAAUGAACAAACACAUGAAUGAACAGACAGAUGCAUUAGCUCUCUUAACUGGCACUCUCCAACCCUCUAUUUUUGAACGAAGACUUUGCUCAGCUGCUGCUGGAACCCAGAUGGGAGGGGAAGUCCAGAGUGGCUGCCAGGGGAAAGAAGAGGGUGUGGGAAGGAAAUGCCACCAUACUCACUCCUGAGAGGGUCCAGGCUGCUGUCCCAGGAGAGGGGGGCUGCUCCAGAACUGCAGAGAUGGGAAGAAGCCCAGGGUCCCUCAGUAUCCAGGACCCCAACCCCGGCCCACCCUAAAGGCACUCCUUCACCCCAGUCCCACUUCCCAGGACCCCUGUACCCGAGAGGAAGUGGAGAAGACGGCCUGGGGCAGAGGGGAGGGUGGGCUGAACUUGUUCUGUAGGACGCUGGCUGAGACAAUCUGGGCAGAGGACAUGGACGCCAUGCUCUGGAGGGCUUUGUCCUUGGAGACCUGGUCCUGAGGAGGGGAGAAGCCUUGUGAGGCCCAGGCCAGGCCAGAGACAAGACAGGGGCUUGCCUCAGGGGCCUCCCCCCAGGCCCUGUCUCCUCCUAAGUGUACAUCACCCCUCUGAUCACAAUCCACAAUAAGAAAUUAUUUUACUCCAUAACCCAGUAUAAGCCAAAACAGUUCUCCUUAUUUUGCUUAUUUUGUGUGUCACGCACUCUCAUAUUUUCUGUUUCAUCAGUGGUUCUCAAAGUAUGGUCCACGGACCAGCAGCACCAGCAUCACCUGGAAGCUUGUUAGAAAUCAAAUUCUCAGGCCCUAGCCCAGACCUACUGAAUCUGAAACUCUGAGGGUGAGGCCGAGAAAUCCGACUUCAUAAGCCCUCCAGGUGAUUCUGAUGCAUGCGAAAGUUUGAGAACCACUAUAAUCCAUUUUUUCAAAGAUUUAUUAUUUAUUUAUUUUUGUUUAUUUUCGGCCACAUCAGGUCUUUAGUUGUGGCACACAGGCUUCCCUCUAGUUGUGGCGCGCGGGUUUUCUCUUCUUUAGUUGUGGUGCAUGGGCUCCAGAGCGUGUGCGCUCUGUAGUCGUGAUGUGCGGGCUCCAGAGCGCGCGGGCUCUGUAAUUUGUGGCACACGGGCUCUCUAGUUGAGGCGUGCGAGCUCAGUAGUUGUUGCGCGUGGGCUUAGUUGCCCCGCAGCAUGUGGGAUCUUAGUUCCCUGACCAUGGAUCGAACCCACGUCCCCUGCACUGUAAGGCAGAUUCUUUACCACUGGACCACCAGGGAAGUCCCUAUAAUGCAUUUUUUAAAAAAUGCUGUUUGCAAGCCUAUUACAUUGAUUUCACAAUCCAUAAUUUGAAAAUCCUAUAUUAGGUGCUCUCCCCUCCAUUGCCCCCCACCCCCCGGGGAGGGGCAGUGCUACUUACCAGGUUCAUGGCCUGUGGAAGAGAAGGAGAAUGGAUUAGAAGAGACACAGAGGAGGGCCAGAUGGGAUGGAGGGACAUGUCAUUUCAUCAUCCUCCUCUCAAUGCCCACCUGGCUCUCAGUUCCUGAGAAGCGCAGGGAAGCUCAGAGGUAGCUGUGGACCCUCCCCCAGCCCCACUGCCACCUAGAGGGAGUGCGUGCCAGCUGGGGGUUCCCUGGAAAGGGUAGGAUGAGGGCAGAGGGGCUGGAGAUCCAGAUGGUGGACCAAGCUGGGGCCCCUUGGGUCUGUCCACGUGUACUGCACUUUAGGCGUGGGGACUGGGGUGGGAGGCCCAGUCUGCUGGGCAUUUGUGGGCAGGGAGAAGGAGAUGCAGCCUACAGGGGCCUUGACCUGGGCCAGGGCCAUGAACCCAAGGCUCUGAGAUCCUCAGCCACAGAGCAGCCAGGAUUGAGCGUCCAACAAGGAAUGGCCAUGCCCGCCAGUCCCCACCAGUGUCUCCUCCCUGCCCACCUGGAGUCCCCAUGCAAUUAGCAAGCAGCAGUUAGGAGGAAGGAGAAAAGGAAAAUGGAGAAGAAGAGAGGUGGGCCUUAGUGGCCCCCAGGUGGUCUUCCUCUCCCUCGCUGUAGGGCUGGCUGUCCCCUUGGGUUCCUGCUUACUCUCCAGGGGCUCUGACCCUGUGUAGCCUGAAGUGGCAAAUGGGCUUCUUCUGCUGCUUAUCUUUCUGAGACCCCCCUGCUGCCCCCCAUAGCUCCUCAGCCCCUUCCCUGUCCCGGGCUGGGGUCAGAGAGCAGCAUCAGGCCUGGGCAGGGCCAGGCCAAGUGGCAGGGGACCCCAUACCUUCAGCUUGGACUGAAUCUCCCGAGAUUUCCGCCUGGCUAGAACCUGCAAGUGGCUAGAGACCUGUAGAGAGAGAGAGAGAGAGAGAAAGAGAAAAAGAACAGAAAGAACAGAAGAGGCAAGAACAGAGUUUCAGCCAGAAAAGAGGCACAGUGCGGCCAGAGAGCCAGCCAAGGCAGAGGCCUGAGCCGUGCAGAGAAAGUGGUAGAGGCGCCGUGAGUGAGAGGCCGAGGAAGGGCUGGAGGCCCCAGUCAGGCGCCCAACGUACCUUGAUGCCAACCUGGUACUCCCGCACCUUCUUCCGAGCUAGAACCUGUAUGUGGCUGGACACCUAGGGGCCGCCCCGCGCCCAGCCAGAGAGGAAAACACAGACAGUGAGGAGGCAUAGCACAGGGUAGCCACGGGCAAGGAGCAUCCCAGCCCUCAUCUCUGGGACCAAAUGUAAGAGGGGCAACCGUGGGGCCCCUGUGGGCAGACACACCUUGGCCCUGCCAAUUCUGCCCUCUUUUGGCCCUGUCUUGAUCAAGGGCCUACCGUGGCUUUCAGGAGCACCAUGUACAGUUGUACAGGUUGUUCACUGCAUAAGCGCACCUGGCCCAGUGAGAGCUAAAAUCCAGCCCAAGCUCUGCUGGCCAAGCUAUGUGCCCUGGUGCACGACUGCAUCUGAAGUGGAGGAAGAGAGACCCAGGAAUCCAAAAUGGCAUCAGUCAUACCACUGAAGGAAGAGAAGCUCCUGGAUGUCAAAAUAGGGGAGCUGCCAAGCUGGAUACUGACGCAGGAUUUCACCCCUAAAGGCAUUGCUGGAGCAUUUCAAAGAGGUUACUACCAAUAUUACAAUAAGUAUGUCAGUGUGAAGAAAGGGAGCUUCGCUGGGCUUUCUACGGUGCUGGCAGCUUACAUGCUUUUCAACUACUGCUGUUCUUACAAGGAGUUCGAACACGAGUGGCCACGCAAGUACCACUGAAGAGGGCCCGGUGUGAAGGGCACACUCUGCAUUCCUGACCUUUGCCCAGCAGCCCUGAAUCCUUUCAUAUCCUAAUUGAGAAUUAACACCCAAUAAAAGAUGACUGGUAAACAACAGAGGAAGAGCAUCUUUGUAUUCUUCCAAAAAGGGGUGCCUUUUUCUCACUGGUGUCCUCAGAGGAGACACUUUUUUUUCUAAUUGGCAUCAAAGAGGCUAGCCAUGGCCAUAAUGCUCCUGCUGGCCACCAGAUUAUACA